AUGAACUACAAAGCCCAUGUCAUCUGUAGUCGUUCUAAUAGUUAUGCUUCUACUAUCGAUGCAGAGCUUAAGCUCGGAUGGCAACACGAUGAUGACGCUCGGAGGCCACCAUGUUACGGCCAUGCAUGCUCACUUUGUACCAAAUCUUUUACAAGCUUGCAAGCGUUGGGCGGCCAUCAAACUGCUCAUAGGAAGGAGAUGGAGCAAAUGCGGCGACAACACAAGGCCAUCAUGACGACAUCGCCCAUCGUCACCGGAAUGUCUUCGGAUCAUGUUGAAGAUAAAGGUACGACAAAGUUGCAGCCGCCGAGAGAGAAGCAACUCGCUCGAGAUGAAGAAGAUGGUUCUGUCGAUCUGGAACUGACGUUAUGCGGUGGUGGUUUGGACCUCACCUUGAGGCUCUGA